UUUUCUUUAUUUUUAUUCUUGGUGGCUUCUUCCUAAGAUGGCAUCAUCACGAUACAGCCUCGACAGCAGAACAACCUUCGCUGGGUCCCCGAUCAGCCCUUCAACAACACAUGCCAUUCCCAAGCUGCAUGGUGAAGGACUGGGUCUGUUACACAACUGGGAAAAGUCUCCUCGCAGUCGCACCAUAUUUCGGAGUUGGCGAGAUGACACGACUCAAGAAGGCCAAACACCAGCCAGGAGAUCACGGGUCCUUAUAAUCACGUUGUACCUUCUCGCCUUCUUCACCGUCCUAAUCUGCAGCUGCGCGACAUGGGGCAUCGUCGCCUAUUCCACAUUACAUACAUCUUCUCAGUGCAACUCUCACGUCACGAGCGGGAAAGAGGACACCCUCCACCUCGCCUCAGACAUCAGCGGCCUUGUGCCAGAAUUCUCCCUCCGCCCCCAAACCUUCCACCCUGACCCCGAGGCCCCAAACAACAGCACCACCCCCCCUCCCGCCUGGACCUCCUCCUUCCCCCUCGGCAACGGCUUCAUCACCACCCCACCCAACUUCACCCCCUCCGGCAAUUCCCACCUCCCUCCCCCGAUGGAGUUCCAUAACCAGCAAGUCUACUCGGUGGCUGUCUUCCACCAGCUUCACUGCCUGCAGAUGAUCAUGACGAGGUACAACUCGCUUGUUGCGGGUGAUGUUAAGUAUAAAAGAAUGCAAGGGCAUGAUGAUGACCAGAGCCACAUCAACCACUGCUUUGGCUACCUGAGACAGAGCCUCAUGUGUUGCGGUGAUACCGCGCUUGAGGGGCAGAAUCCGGAGACGGAGGGGCAAAAGGUCGAGACCGAUGGGAUGGGGGUGGUGCACAUGUGCAAGGACUUUCAGGUGGUUGUGGAAUGGGUGGAGGGGAGGAGGGUUAGUGACGAGAGGGGGGUUUAG